CCUCUGUGGGAAGCCAGGGAGGGAAAUCGAAGGAACAAGGAGUGCAAAAGAGUUUGGAGGAACCAAGACGGAAUCAUGGAAGGUCUCCGGAGACUGUUGCGUAAAUUCAUGUGCGUCCGCAAGCAGCUGAUCCUCCUGCUGACCCCGCUCGUGCUGCUGCCACUGGUGUUCGUCAUGCCGCCCAAGGAGGGUAAAUGCCUGUACGUGGUGCUCCUGAUGGCGGUGUUCUGGUGUACGGAGGCUCUCCCGUUGGCCGUGACGGCCAUGUUGCCCGUGUGCCUGUUCCCCACCAUCGGCAUCCUGCCCUCCCGGAUGGUGUGCCCGCAGUACUUCCUGGAGACCAACUUCCUGUUCCUCAGCGGCCUGGUGAUGGCGUCGGCCAUCGAGGAGUGGGGGCUGCACCGCCGAAUCGCCCUCAAGGUCCUGCAGAUCGUCGGCGUCAAGCCAGCAUGGCUGAUCAUGGGGAUGAUGAUCACUUCCUCGUUCCUGUCCAUGUGGCUCAGUAACACGGCAACCACGGCGAUGAUGCUGCCCAUCGCUAACGCCAUCCUGGAGAGCCUCUUCGGGGACCUGGCCACGCUCAAGGACAAGUGCAAGGUCCACAAGCCUGCAGAGGGUGAGGUGAAGCUGCAUGUCCUUCCUUCAGAGCCUUCAGAGAAGCACAUCCUGACCAUGGAGGACGGCAGGGAGGAGGUGGAGAGGAUGGAGACUGCGUCUCCAGAGGAGGUGCGUAUGGAGGCUCAGUACCAGCUGAAGGUCUGGAAGGGUUUCCUCAUCUGCAUCCCCUACUCCGCCAGCAUCGGCGGCACUGCCACCCUUACUGGCACAGCGCCCAACCUCAUACUGGUGGGACAGCUCAAGAGUUAUUUCCCAGAGUGCGACCUGAUUAACUUCGGCUCGUGGUUCGUGUUCGCCUUCCCGCUCAUGUGCAUCUUCCUGGUUCUGGGCUGGCUCUGGAUCUCCUUCCUCUACGGGGGCAUCAACACCAGGUUGUGUGUUAGCAAGCAGGAUGAGAGGGCAGCUGCUGAGGCAAAAGCGCAAGCGGUCAUCGACGAGGACUACAAGAGACUCGGACCUCUAUCGUUUGCGGAGAAAGCCAUCGCUUUCUUCUUCAUCCUCUUCGCCCUCCUCCUCUUCACCAGAGAUCCCAAGUUUGUCACUGGAUGGUCCGUCUUCUUCAACAAAGGGUACGUUUCGGAUGCAGUGACAGGCGUCAUUAUCGUCUCCAUCUUGUUCUUCUUCCCUUCCCAGAAACCCUCCCUCAGCUGGUGGUUCGACCCCAAAGCCCCCAACACUCCAUAUGUGCCGCUGCUGUCGUGGAAGAAGGCUCAGGACGCUGUACCAUGGAACAUCAUUCUGCUACUAGGGGGAGGAUUCGCCAUGGCCAAAGCAUGUGAGGAGUCUGGUCUGGCGGUGUGGAUAGGGGGUCAUCUCCAGCCGCUGGCUCGUAUCCCUCCUGCGGCUGCUGUCAUGCUCAUCACGGCCUUCCUGGCCUCCUUCACCGAGUUCGCCAGCAACACCGCCACCAUCAUCAUCUUCCUCCCAGUCAUCGCUGAGCUGGCCCUGGGCGUGAACGUGAACCCACUCUACUUCAUGAUUCCGGCGACGAUCGGCUGCUCGUUCGCGUUCAUGCUGCCCGUGUCCACGCCCCCGAACUCCAUUGCCUUCGCCUCAGGCCACCUCAUGGUCAAGGACAUGGUGAGGACGGGUAUUGUGAUGAACAUCCUGGGGGUGAUAUGUGUGUCUCUGGCCAUGAACACAUGGGGUCGAGUAAUGUUUGACCUCAACAACUACCCAGACUGGGCACGUCCACUAAACAUCUCCACGGUAACGCCCGCUCUCUCCACCCUCGCCCCACACCUCAACGCCACCCUCUGAAGACGUCCAACCAGCAGCCAUGUUACAGGCCGACCCUCUGA